AUGCCGUUUACCUUGUCGCUUGCGAUCACCAAUGGCGAUGAGAUAUUUGCGCCCGGCGGCGCUGUUGAAGGAUUUGCCACUUUUGAUUUGCGCGAGACUAUUAAGGCGAAGCAAAUUCGGGUGAUUGCUGAAGGAUGCGCGAACACAAAAUGGUUGCUUUCGGAAGGCAGCAAAGCUUCGCAUGGGCGUAGUCGCGAAGUCUCAUACACCGCCAAAACGACAUAUAUGGACGAGGAGCUGGUGGUGUGGAAACCAUCCGAAGGCCACGCGAAAUCGUCGAUAUUUCCCGGUUGCCAUGUGUUUCCGUUCAAAUUCGUGAUACCUGAAAAUGCGCCGCCGAGCUUCAAAGGUGACCAUGGCAUAAUUCGCUAUUCGAUCAAGGCAAUCGUUGAAAGACCCUGGAAAACGAAUCGAUCGACCACCAAAUAUUUCACAGUAUGUCCGAAAAAAGAUCUGAACAAUAUAGCGACGGCCAGGGAUGAAGCAUCAAGCUCGAAAUUGAAAAAGGUCGGAUUUUUCCUAUUCUUCAGGCAUGGGAAAGUCGGAUCACAGAUGACCAUCCCGAAGAAGGGCUACGUUGCUGGAGAAACGAUAUCAGUGGAGACAAAAAUUGCAAACGAUUCAAGUCGGCCAAUUAUAAAGGCUGAAUGCUAUUUGGUUGAGCGGUGCAAGUACUUGGCGUAUCGCUAUGGAAUCGGCGAUCCGAACUCGACGCACUACAAAGAGGAUCUGCCGGAUGACAGCUACUCAAGCAGAAAGCAUGAUGAGCAUCGAUUGGCGACAAUUUCGCAGGACCUCGAAAUUCCCGCUCGAUCACAACACUCGCUCAACUUGCAACUCCCAAUCCCGUGCGUUUGCCCCUCAUUCGCAAGCACUCUCAUCACCGUCGAGUACGUCGUAAUCGUCAAACUCGUCGUCAAAUGCCGCCUAGUGAACACCGUCAAAACCGAAUGCCCAAUUAUUCUAGGGACCAUUCCGUUAAAGGACGAGGCUAUUGAUCCGGGGACUCCUCACUUCGGCGAGGCUCCCAGUGUGGUGCAGCUCACCCAUCGAAGCAUGACCUCCUGCGACGAUGAGAAGGCGCUGCCCAAGUACAUCUUCUAUCCGAGAUACAACAAACCCAAGAUCGACGACGAGCCGCCGAUUCUCAUCGACACCCUUCCACCAAUCGACACCCUUUCAAUGGAGGACGAAUGCCAGUAA